AUGGCGCAACAGGUGCCGUCUUUGACGGUCAGCACCGACCAACAUCUUACAAUAGCACCCGUUGAUACUUCUCUGACUGGACGUUCGAGAAGUGAGAGUUUUGGAUCUCCUACCACUCCGACAAAUUCUUAUUUAACAGCGGGGCCCCAUCAUGUCCGACAUUAUAGUACCGCCUCGUCUAUUGGCGGAUCCACAUUACGACCUAGAUCAAGUUCCGUGGGCAUGUUCGACGGGGUCAGCCCGGAGGAAGCCCUAAAACCGGAUUUGGGAACAGAGGAUGAUUUCAAAAUCGAAAAUAAUCCGUUUGCAUUUACCCCGGGCCAUCUCAAUAAAAUGCUAAACCCGAAGUCGUUAUCUGCAUACCAGGCUAUGGGAGGUGUUUUUGGUAUCGCUAAGGGUCUAAAAACGGACUUAAAAACCGGUUUAAGCAUUGAUGAGACAACCAUCGAUACACCGAUAAGUUUUAACGAAGCUGUUACUAGCAGUGAAGAUGAACCCAAGAAAGGAACUCACAGCCAAGCGGUUCAUAUUCCUCACUCUGGCGAUAAUAGCCAUUAUGCCGAUAGACUUAGGGUUUUUAAGGAUAAUACAUUACCGGAGAAAAAAGCGACACCACUCUGGAGGCUUAUGUGGAAUGCCUACAAAGAUGAGAUCCUUUUACUUCUUACGGCAGCUGCGGUUAUUUCUUUAGCUCUUGGUCUUUAUGAAACUUUUCGUAAACACCCCGAGUCGGAGGAAGAAGAAGGUGGUGUUAGGGGUGCGGAUUGGAUAGAAGGUGUUGCUAUCAUCGUGGCUAUUGUCAUUGUCGUCUUAGUUGGGGCCAUCAACGAUUAUCAAAAGGAAAAGCAAUUCGUCAAGCUCAACAAGAAGAAGGACUCGAGAGAGAUCAAGGUUGUUCGGUCUGGUAAAUCAAUCUUGGUUUCUGUCUAUGAUCUUAUGGUCGGCGACAUUGUCCACAUCGAACCCGGUGAUCUCAUUCCAACCGACGGUAUCUUCGUUGAGGGCCAUAAUGUCAAGUGCGACGAAUCCAGCGCGACCGGUGAAUCUGAUAUGAUGAAGAAGACACCCGGCGAGGAAGUUUGGAGACAUCUUCGAAACGGAACUGCUACUGCCAAAAUGGAUCCCUUCGUUAUUUCUGGUGCUAAAGUGCUCGAGGGUGUUGGUACCUACAUGACUACCUCAGUUGGUGUUAACUCUAGCUUUGGCAAGAUCAUGAUGGCCCUCCGCACGGAAGCUGAAGCUACACCUCUCCAAGAGAAGCUUAAUCGUUUGGCUGGUAUGAUUGCCAAACUUGGUGGCUCGGCUGCUGGUCUUUUGUUCUUCGUCCUCUUGAUUAAGUUCCUUGUGCAGUUGCCUGGAAACCAUGAAUCCCCUGCUCAAAAGGCAUCGGUCUUCACGGACAUCCUCAUCACUGCCGUCACGAUCGUCGUCGUUGCUAUUCCUGAAGGUCUUCCACUCGCUGUGACGUUGGCUCUUGCCUUUGCCACAACUAGGAUGCUUAAGGACAACAACUUGGUUAGACUUUUGAAGUCUUGCGAAAUCAUGGGAAAUGCCACUGCUAUCUGCUCUGACAAGACCGGAACCUUAACCACCAACCAAAUGACGGUCGUCGCUGGUACCAUUGGAGUUGGCAAGGGCUUCGCUGCGACCGAAAAUCUUCAAGAGAAGCUUUCCCAUCGGUCGAUUACUGAUAUCGUCUCGACCUUUACCCCAGCAGUAAAAGAACUCUUGGUUAAGAGCAUUGCAAUCAACUCCACGGCAUUUGAGGGUGAAGAGAACGGUGUCAAGACAUUCAUUGGUAGCAAGACUGAGACUGCCCUUCUGAUAUUCGCUCGCGAUUUCCUUGGGAUGCAGCCAGUUGCCGAAGAACGGUCGAACGUCAAUAUCGUUCAGAUCUUCCCAUUUGAUUCUGGCCGCAAGUGUAUGGGUGUCGCUAUCAAGACCGCCUCUGGAUACCGCCUUUUAGUCAAGGGUGCUUCUGAGAUCAUGUUACGAUCCGCCUCUCACUACCUUGCUGAUGUUUCCUCCUCGAAUGAUGUCUCGACUAUCGCCUUCAGCGCUCAGGACAGAUCUACAGUUGAACAACUUAUCAACUCUUACGCCGAGAAGUCACUCCGUACGAUCGGUAUGCUCUACAAGGAUUUCCCCCAAUGGCCACCAGCAGAAGCAAAGUUCUCCGAGGAUGAUGCCUCUGCCGUUGAUUUUGGCUCCAUCCUUAACAACUGUGUCUUCAUCGGUUUGGUUGGUAUCCAAGAUCCUCUCCGCCCAGGUGUUGAAGUUGCUGUUGCUCAAUGUCAAAAAGCUGGCAUUACCGUCAGAAUGGUCACUGGUGAUAACGUGGUCACAGCCAAAGCCAUCGCCACCGAAUGCGGUAUCUACAGUGAGGGUGGCGUCGUUAUGGAAGGCCCCGAUUUCCGUCAACUCUCACAGCCAGAAAUGGACGCUAUUCUUCCUCGCCUUCAAGUCCUAGCUCGUUCUUCUCCAGAAGACAAGCGUAUCUUGGUUCGUAGACUGAGGGACCUCGGAGAAACUGUUGCAUGUACCGGAGACGGAACAAACGACGCUCCAGCUCUUCACGCUGCUGAUGUUGGUUUUGCUAUGGGUAUCGCUGGAACUGAGACCGCUAAGGAAGCUGCCGCUAUCAUUCUUAUGGAUGAUAACUUCUCAUCCAUCGUCAAGGCUACUAUGUGGGGUCGCGCUGUCAAUGACGCGGUUCAGAAGUUCCUCCAGUUCCAGCUUACUGUCAACAUCACCGCCGUCCUCCUUGCAUUCGUUUCUGCCGUAUCCAACGAUCAGAUGAAGCCAGUUCUCACCGCCGUUCAAUUGCUUUGGGUAAAUCUCAUCAUGGAUACUUUCGCUGCUCUUGCAUUGGCCACCGACCCUCCAACCCCAGAAAUCCUUGACCGAAAGCCAGCCGGCAAGAAGGCACCACUCAUCACUCUUCGUAUGUGGAAGAUGAUCAUUGGUCAAGCUAUCUUCCAACUUGUGGUUACCUUCACUCUUUACUUCGCUGGCGCUAGAAUCCUAGGCUACACUACCAAGGAGCAGAUGAACGAACUCAAUACUAUUGUCUUCAACACCUUCGUCUGGAUGCAAAUCUUCAACGAGUUCAAUAACCGUCGUCUCGAUAACAAGCUCAACAUCUUCGCUGGAAUCCACAGAAACUACUUCUUCAUUGGUAUCAACUGCAUCAUGAUUGGUGGCCAGGUCCUCAUCAUGUACGUUGGUGGCGCCGCCUUCUCGAUCACUCGUAUUAAUGGCACCCAAUGGGCAAUCUGUAUCGUCUGCGCGGCCGUCUCACUUCCAUGGGCUGUCCUCAUCAGACUCGUCCCAGACGAAGCUGUCCGUGCCGGUUGGGUCUUCUGUCUCCCAUUCGUCCGCUUCAUCGGUCGUAUCUGGGCUACCUUCGCUCGCUGGGUCCUUGAUCCUAUCGGAUGGGUCUUUAGGAACACUUGGAGAGCCGCAAAGAAGCCUUUCGGCCGCAGCAAGAGAAAGCAAUCCGAUGAAAGCGAGGAAGAAGAAAGAUAUCCCGCUUCUGAUGAGAAGGAUACCCCUACUCUUUCCACCCCAGCAGCUCCCAUGCCUGCCAUCGUUGUUGGUGACGACUCAAAUGACGUUACUCCCAUAAGCCCAUUCUCUAAGCCAGCCGACAUCGAGAAAGGAAUUCCUCCACCAAAAGCCUAA